AUGCAGUUUCGCUUUGUAUUCGAGAGAGGACGGACGUCACGAUGCCUGAAGUGCACCCAGCCUUUGCUAAUUCCGGGAAGGUAGCUGGUUUGGAGAUUUGGAGAGUGGAGGACUUUGAACCAGUUCCAGUCCCAAAACAUCAGUAUGGAAAUUUCUAUUCCGGCGACUCCUACAUUGUGUUGAAGACCACAGGCAGCUCGACCCUCACAUGGGAUAUCCACUUCUGGCUAGGCUCCAAGACGAGCCAGGACGAGGCAGGCGCGGCGGCCAUCUUGACUGUGAACCUGGAUGACGAGCAGUUCCAUGGGGAUGCUGUGCAGCAUAGAGAGUCCCAGGGUUACGAGUCGAGGCAGUUCUUGGGCUAUUUCGAACCAGCCAUAAGAUACUUGGAGGGUGGACAUGCGUCGGGUUUCAACCACGUGACAGUCAACGCUGGUGCUGAGAAGAGGCUAUUCCAGAUUAAAGGAAAGAGGAACGUGCGAGUGAGACAGGUGGAAGCAUCAGUGGCCUCAAUGAACAAGGGUGACUGCUUCAUACUGGACGUGGACCACGAUAUUCUGCUGUACGUUGGUGAAAAGGCGAAGAGUGUGGAGCGGCUCAAGGCGAUAUCAGUGGCCAACCAGAUAAGGGACCAGGAUCAUAGCGGGAGGGGAAAUAUUGAGAUUAUUGAUCCGUAUUCGAAUGAGGGCGAUCUGAAUAGAUUCUUCGAGAAACUCGGGUCUGGUGAUCAAGAUUCUGUCUCUGAUGCUGAAGAUGGUGGUGACGAUGAGGACUUCGAGCGCGGUGAAGCAAAGGAGGUGGUGUUGAAUGAAAUUUCCGAUGGCUCUGGAAAAAUGGAGACCAAGAAGCUAUCAGGUCCAUAUAAUAAAGAACAACUCGAUACAAAGGAAUGCUAUAUCUUAGACACCGGUAGCAGCAUCUACGUUUGGAUCGGGAAGCAAUCUAAUGGGAGAGAGAAGGCUGAGUCUAUGAAAAAAGCACAGCAGUACUUAGAGGCUAACAAUUAUCCAUCGUGGGUGCACAUUUCAAAAGUGGUGGAAGGCAUCGAACCCACUGCAUUUAAACAACAUUUCCAAGACUGGAACUAAAAACUUAAGUUAUUACUUGUUUUUUUUUAUGUUAUACUUAAUUUUUCGACAAGUUACAUGUAUCUCUUAUAUGUAUAAUUUAUUUUGUAUAAUUUUAAUGUGAGAUUUUCAUUUUUAAUGUUGUAUUGUAAUUUUGAAUUAUAUUUAAAUAUUAUGUUAUUACCACCCAACUUCACAAAAAGGAGAUUAUCAAUUCGACUGUAUUUUUCGCUUUGUUAUCUCUAAGCUUCCGACUGGGUGAAUCGGUUUCGAUGUUUCUUAUUUUAUUUGAAAACUGGUGCCUCAUGUCUGGUCCAAUUUUCGUCCAGUUCUGACAAUUUGAAGGUGCUUUAGAGUUUCGUAUAAAAUAUUUUAUUCUCUUUUAAUGUUAGUGGUGCAGAGGAUAAAUCCUGUUUCAAAGAAUAAGUAUAAUUUUAUAUUGAUUUGUUUUAAAGGCAUCACUGUGACAAUUUAUUU